AAUAAAAAAACAUUUGCAUAUGUGGCAGCUGCUAUAUGCAAAUAUUUGUUUAACCAGUCCUGUUACCCAGAUUCUUGAAAUGCAAAGACGCAAACUUACUGGAGGAUCUGGUCUCGUCAGGUCAGAUUCAAAUAUUUUAGUCUGACAGAAUUUUCUUUUAUGUUCAUAACAAUGUAAUUACAGUCAUAUUUUCUACUAUAAAAGGCAGACAAGCGUACACUCGACUUAUUGGACUGAAGAGUUUUCUUACCGAGGCCUCUCUGGUUUUCACAGCUUUUGAAAACUGACAUCCAUUUUCUGUCAUUAUGAUCAAACAGCUGAGUCUUGCCUUCGCUGCAGUUUUGCUGCUUGCUUCAGUUCCAGGUGAAGGAGCAUCACCGUGUGCAAAUCCCACCUACGUUCAAAUGAUAAAACCUCAGGAUUUGCCUGCAGAAAUGAGGAUCAGCCGGACAAUAUUUGCUUUGACUAUAAAGUUCGCUUCAGCUGCUCCCCUCCACUCUGUAGCAAAGUGUGCUGGACGAAGUGGUACGAUCGAGACAAUCCCAGUGGAACAGGUGACUGGGAGACUCUGACCAACCUGAGGGACGAAUUCCCGGGACAAAUAUGUGCUGUGCCUCUUUACAUUGAGGCUGUCACCGUUGUUGGAGAGACCCCAGCCAUCCUGACAGGGAAUAACAUCAUUAUGAACAAAUAUCCAUUUUCUGCAAUUAUGAUGAAACAGCUGAGUCUUGCAUUCGCUGCAGUUUUGCUGCUUGCUUCUACAGGACCAAGUGAAGGAGGUCAGACAGCAUUCUGA